UCUUUACAGGGCACUUAUUCUAUAGUGCUGAUGGCCGUGGCUGACAGCAACUUGAAGUUUGUUGCUGUCGAUGUCGGUGCAUAUGGCAGGCAGAGUGAUGGAGGCACACUGAGUGCUUCAAGAUUUGGAAAGUGCCUUGAAAAUGGCACCCUUGGCCUCCCUCCCAUACACGCUUUGCCCAACACAAGUACAUUAGCUCCUCAUGUUUUUGUGGGAGACGAGGCCUUCCAACUACGGCAAGACUUCUUGCGGCCUUAUUCGGGGAGGCAUCAGACUGAGGAGAAAAGGGUAUUUAACUACCGGCUCAGCAGGGCAAGGAGGUGUGUCGAGAACACGUUUGGCAUCAUGGUGUCAAGAUUUAGGGUAUUUCGUCGUCCGAUCAACCUAUUACCUGAAAACGUCGACUACGUGGUGAUGGCCUGCUGUGUCCUCCAUAAUUUUCUGCGAGAGGAUCCGGUUUACCAAUCCCGCAGCCACGAGGACGAGGCAACCAGUGGCCAGCAGCAUGCAAGUGAUGGUCAAGCGAUGUUUCCCUUGCAGCCACCUGUAGGCCACAACUGCAGCAGGUCUGCAGCUAGCGUAAGGGACAUGUUCUGUGAAUAUUUUAUGAGCCCACAGGGUGCUAUCCCGUGGCAGCGAGCAUAUGCUGGGCUACGACCAUGA